AAACAAACACUCCCCCUUCAUAGUAAACUAAGUUGCUCGUUUAUUACUUGUUUCAGCUUUCGUUUAAAACAUCACUUUCAGAAGGAGCAGUGUUUAAUAAAAGAUCUCAGAAAUUGCUCAUUCAAAAGAUUGAUAUAAAAUAUUAUGGUGUCGUUUGAAUCUAAAAAGAUUUAGCGCCUGAUAGUUCGUUUAAAUAACAUCCGGGACACCUCGGCUCACAAACCAAACGGACCAGUCACCGCUCUCUCGCUCGUUGUUGCAGCAGUCAGUGUAAGAAGCUCCCUCCUCUCGUAGCUGGCCGGUUGCAGUGCGAUGGAAGGGGGAGGCAGUGUGUCGUGGAUAAAAUAUGGGCCCGUUGUGUCCCUGGUUGUGGUUCUUUUAGCCCUGUGGUUCAGGCCACCCCAGCAUGCAGUGCUGGAUGACCGGCUGGACACCGUGCUGUCCUCGCUGCUCCGGGCGGAACAGAAAGUCGGGGUGAACAACGUCGCGAGACCGAGAGUGGCUGUCGGUGAGUGUGUGAGAGUGAGCGUGCUAACGUGAGCUAGCCUCACCUUUGUGCAAGACUGUAUGGGUUUAUGAACCAAUAAUUUACCCACUUUCAAACUGUAUGUUAUCCUUCAUAGCUAGCAGCGACGUUAGAAAGCUGCUCUUGAUGCACGGAGUGUUUUUGAAUUUAUUUUUAUUAUAAAUCAAUACAUAUAAGUUGAUAUCAAAGCGUAUAAAGGCUGUCAUGAAUGGAGUCGACUGAUAGUGAUGUUUCACUAUCAACCUAAACAAAACAAAGUAGGUGAAAUGAGUUUCUUUUUUGAUAAAAUUGAAUAUUUUUCGUCGUGUGGGUCGUCAGUUAGGUUAGUUCCCCCUGUUUAAUUCAAAAAGUGCAAAAUUUUCAGGACUGACAGCAGACAAGCUGAAGGGAAGAUGUAUAUUGAAGCCACAUUAGAGUCAGAGUGAAGUGUGCAGUGUGGGAUAAAACAGGGUGGUUUAAGGCAGCUGAUCAAAAAUGAUCCACACAGAAACCAGAUCUUAGUCUAGUCAGCGUUUUGUGUCACCACCUGGAACAGUUUGUUCUGAGCUAAGAACCACAGAAACCCUCCACCAACCAACAAGACCCACCAGAGACUCAGCUGACCAUCAUGUCUCUGCAGUUGGUGUUGGGGAAGUUUUUCUGGAUUUACAGGCUGCAUGUCCCUCCACAGUGAAAGAGGUUAAACCAGAGCAAAGCUGUAAGUCACUCUACUGUGACUGCUGGACAUUUAAUACAAAACCAGACAGAAACUCGCCUCAGAGACACUGGUGGGGGAGAGAGAGCGCUCUAGGUCCCUCCACCCAGUAUGACUACUCAGGCAGCCAGGUCAUGUUUUACAUAGCAAGCAACUAUUUCUCUUAACAUUUGUAAUUAAAAGAAACAAUCAAUAAGUAUAACUAAUGGAUCUUUUGGGAAUGCUUCCGGUGGUCAUUGUGAAAUCUAAAGAGAUGGGAUGGCCAAAUGAGGUUCAGCUAUGGAGAAGAAAAAGUUAGAAAUAUAUUUUCUUUUUAACAGUUUUCAAUUGACCACAUCAAAAUAGGAUACAGUCAUUUUUCUACAAUAUUAAUCUCAAAAUAUCAAAAAGCUUUUGUGCUCUGUAGUUAAUCUACUUGCUUAACUGGGCGUUGAUCGCCACUCUCCAACAAAUGGAUGCCUUCUGCUCUGUUUUAAAUUGUAUUAAUUGAAGCUGUAUUUAAUGAGGAAGUCCCAUUGAGAUUAAAAAUCUCUUUCUCAGGAGAGACCUGAACUGGUGAUGAGGAACUGUGCAGAAAGAGCGCAGGGGCGUGCCAGUAUUUGCAAAACAAAUGUGGGUUUACUAACCAGAUUAAAUGAUAAAGCCUCAGCUCUUAUUUUGAAGGGGUACCAAAUAAUCCACACAAGUUUUACAUAUUCAAAGUUUUCACAUCUAAAAGCUUUUUAAGGUGGAAUACCUCACCUGAAGACCACAGAUGACUUUACUUACUCUUCUGAACCUAAUCAUCUGCAUGACUGCGCUGUGUCUUGUCCGUAAUAAUCUUAUCCUUAAAUCUUUAAAUACUUUGAACCACAGUACAAACACAAAACCGAGGAGCUCACCAUAUCUGUCCAACCUUUAACCACGUCAACAACAGACCCCGCCACGCAGUCAAACCUGUUUCUAGAUAAUUACCCUGAACUAGGUGAAGUCACAUCACUCAUACAAUAUGACAUAUACUGUAGAUUGUACUUAUCUUUAUGUUCUGACAUGGAGUGCCCAAGAUAUUUCCUACCCUUUUUUUACACUAAUACCUUAAAGAAACCAGAUAUGUGCAGGAAAAAGCAGCUGCAAGCACAGAUGCUUGAAACCAACAUUUUACUCUAGGUUAAUUAUUCAAAAUCAAUAGAAAUGUAAUUUUCCAAAAAUGGCCAAAUUUGAGGCUAACAGGUUUUCUAGUCUGUCUGCUGCUGCUCCUCAGCGUGUUGGUCCUUGUUCAAACUCGUCAGAAAAUCUUUGUAGCCAAAGGGCAUGUGUUGAUGUUCGAUCCGGCAGCUGAAACUGUAAAUGAUCAUUUGACAAACCGCUGAGGAGGACAAAUGCCAAAGCAGCUGCAUGUGUGUGGAUUUCUCUGCUCAGUUUACUGAUGCCUGACCGCUGGCAUUACAUUUCCUUCGGCCCUGUUUGCACGAUUCAGUUUGACUCUUGAGUCUGAAGAAAAAUGAUUGAUACACAAUAUUCUCCUCCAUAUGCCAUCUGUUUUUUCAUCUCAUCUUUAAUUAAUUGAUUUUUAAAUGAUUUAUGAUGUUGUGUCAGUGUAAUUCGUAUUUAUUGGGCAGACUAAGUAACCUGUUGGGAAAACCAAAAUUAGUUUUUGUGGUCGGAUGUGAAAGAAAAUGAUGCGAGCAUGAGAGUAGUAGAGUGUCACAAUACAACACAGUCUCAAAGCUCCUUCACCCUCAGGUUUUGGAGGUUGUGUGGACCUGCUCGUGGACGGAGUAUCGCUGCUUAACAAGAUUGGCCUCCCCCCUACAGACCAGCCGCUUCAUCAUAACUACAUAGAAAAUGCAGAGCAACUGGCCCAGAGCUUUGCCUACUUCUUUGCACCAGGAGCAGCUGCAGAGUAAGUACCUAGUGUUUGUUUGUACAGUUUAAUCCAAACAUCGUGUUGAAUCUAAGAAAAUGACUCCUAAAUUCACUGCAUGAUGACAUUACUUAAGUGCAAAUAUUAGUUUUCUCCAUGUACUCCUUGACUGGUUUGCUGAGUUUCAUGUUUGAAUUGAAGGUGUACCUGGAAAAAGAAAAAGAGGAAACGUGACGUAGAUCCACAGUUUAUGAGGCUUGAGCUCAGCUGAGGACAAAUUUAAGAGUUUCUUUGUUGGACCCCUCAGGCUACUGAACUCCUGACUUGUUCUUUUCAUCUCACACGCACACUCAAAUUCCACCAGGGUUGUGUAGGAAAGUAUUCACAACAGAAAUCUCAAACACAAUCUGUCUUCAGGCCACAGAUAAAGUUCAUGAGUACAAGAGAUUAAUACAAUUAAGAGUUUGAUUAAAUCUUCACAUUUUUGUUGGCUUUUCCAUCAGGUUACUUUUCUUUUUGAGAGCUUACACUUAAAGGCAACAGGCUUUCAUCGUGAGCAAAAAGGACAAGAAAAUUCAUUAAAUGAAAAUUACAGUUUAUCUCAAAAUCUCAAUUUGUUCCAGAAUUCGAGUAUUUCUAGGUCAGAAUAUGGGGUUACUUCAAAUUAAGAUCAGAUUUCACAAGAUGUUUUUUUGUUUUGCACAGUUUGCAGUUUUUCACUUGCUAUUCUCUCAGCUCACUGUCAGGGACACUGUUUCAAGUUUUACCACAUGAUUACAUAACACACAUGAUAAUAACACACUUGGAGUUUCCAGGCAGACACUGAGUGAGACACUGAUGUGUUUGAGGUGUUGAGAGGGAGCCAGAGUCAGGGUAAUCUCACUAAAUAAUACAGAAGCCGUUUCUACAUGACUGAUGCAACAGAUCUGCUGUAGCCUCCAUUGUCAUGCACACAGGAACGUUUCAGACCUGAAGUUUGUGAUUGUUGAUAUAUUUCUCUGGAUAUCUCAGGUUGAAAAAUGAGUUUCAUCACAAGACCCUUUUGUGGAGUUACCAGGCAUCGUAGAAAAACUAAUGAUGUUACAUUAAAAAUUACCCCUUGACUUUUAGACAAACUUCUCUAUUCUUAAUUCUCAUCUUCUUCUUUUUCUGGUAUAAUUUCUACAGCACACUUGAACCACAAUGACAGUGUCAAAGGGCUUUAACAUAGCACUGAACUCAAGUACUUGACGAUGAGACACAGAGGGAAGGUUGCUGCCCUACACUCCUUGUCAUUUAGUUUCAGUUGUGUUUCACUGUAUUUGUUUCUGUCUUGCAGGCGUUUCGUGCUGAAUGAGACUCUCUUCAGUGAGCUGGUUGAAGCGUCCCGUGACCUUCCUGGAAACAGAUGGUCAGUAGGCGGCAAUGCCCCGGUAAUGGCUGGUCGCAUGGCAACAGAGGGGUGUGAUGUGUUGCUUGGGGGAAGUUUCAGCCCGGAUUUUACUGAUGUGUUGUCCCAGCACAUUACAGGUACACACAGAAAUACUCACUGCUGGUACGCUCUAAAUGCCAUCUUUAUUUUACAUUAUUCAAACUCGGUUUUCUUUAUGUUGCUUUGCAUCUGGUUGUCUCUUCAGUGGCGGGUAACGCAGUAGAGGAGCCGGACAUUCAUCUGAUCCUGGAGUAUCCCUCUGGUGCCAGAUGGGGACCCUUUACCUCAAGAAGAGCCAACAGGUCAGUGUUGGCUCAGCAUUUGGUGAAUAAACAGUAUAAUUGGAGUCUUGAGGCGUUGCAGACAGUAAGAUGUUGAUGUGGGUGCUUUUAACUUUGAUUAGUGUCGUGAUUAACACUUUGCAAACCAUCAGCAGUGAUUAAAUCUGUUUGGCUGAAAUUGGAUCAUUAUGGAUGAAUCUUUCUUUGUCUUAAUUUCUUAUCCAGGUCUAAUCUAAUCAACAUUUGUUUGUUAAGUACAUCAGUACAGAAAAAAAAUGAACCAGACACGCUCACUGUACUGAAUUUUAUUAAGGCCUCAGGUGGCAGGCGAGGAGCUGACGCAUCACUGCAAAUCAUCACAACACUAAUUCAAUACAAAAAAAUUAGAUUACUUUAAUUUUGAUUCUGUUUCCUGUAUGAAAAUAACCCAAAGUGAGAACUGUGAGAGGGCUUCUUUCAGUGAAGUUUGAAUUUCUCUGUGCUCUUCAGAUACAUCGUCCACAGUGAUGACCAUAACCCAUACCUGGCUUCCAUGGAGGAGUUUGCAGGGAAACUGCAAGGCUUUAACCCAGAUCUGUUAGUGGUGGGGGGGCUGCAGAUGAUGGAUAACUUUCCUUUCCAGACGGGUAAGAAAAGACAGACCCUCUAUUUAUCUAUAAAUCAACACAACCAGUCGUAAAGAUUUAAAUGAUUUUGAUCUGAAUUGAAUGACACUGCAGUUUGAUAGAGUUUCUAAAAUCCACAGUUUUAAGAGAAAGUUACGGUUAAUGCUUAAGGACUUAGUAUUUUCAGAGUUUGAUGCACAUACACAAAUGUAAUGAGGUCAAUAAUCACAAUUUACAUUCACAAUCAGAUUACUAGACUGUUGCAUUAUCUGUUUCUUAGUUAAUCUUCCUUAUAUUUUGUACUCCCAUUAAACUUAAUGGGGGUAGUGUUUAAGCUUUUCUCCUAACACCUCCUCCUGUCAUGAUUUCAGGUGAGCGUGACGCUCUCCUCUCCCGCUUGGCAGAACUCCUGUCCGCUUCAUCUCCAAGGCUUGGGGUUCAUUUUGAGAUGGCCAGUUUUGUAGAGGAGAGUAUAAUGCAAGACUUGCUUCACUACAUCAUUCCUCGGGUAUGUAUGACUGAACAACAUAGUUUGUAUGCACAUCAAAUCACUGGAUCUAGUUAAGCACAAGAGUUUUCCAGGAUGUCCUCAUAAAAGGGACAUGGUGUUUGACAAAUCCAGCAUGGUCAUUUAAAGAAAGAUUUGCUUGAAUCUUUUGAACACAUUUGCAAAUAAAACAGUUUGAGUCCUCAUUUGUAUGCAAAGAUACGAGAGUGCGUUUAAUACCUGAUGUUUUAUAUAUAUCUUUAUUUUUUGAGACACACAGUUCAGAAAAAUGCACAUCCAGAGUCUAACCUCUUGUCUUGGUUCUUCUUUGUAGUCGGACUCUUUAGGGAUGAAUGAACAGGAGCUUCCAAACCUGCUCAGUCUACUAAAAGGCUCCAACAUCACAGUGUUGUCAGACCCAAACCCUCGUGUAGCCACCGUCCUCGACCAGAUGAGGGAGGUGUAUCGCAUUCUGAACCAGCGCCACAGAGACAGCAGGGAAGAAACCAACAGCAGUGAGGGUAAACCACUGACCCGGCUCCACGUCCACACACUGGCUUUCCAGGCCAUGAUUGUGACACAUGGCUCCCAGUGGAAGAACACCAUGUCAGCCACAGCCAAAGCCUCUCUCACAGCUAACCGUCAUGUCUGCGGCUCGAAUGACAUCGACCCCAGCAAGGCCAGGCUCAUCAUGGACGACUCUUUCUCUGUGAGCAGACAGGAAGGCAGUCAGCGUAUCCCUCUACAGGAGAGCCGGCCUGUCAGCUGCUGGGAUGAGGAGGACUAUGAGAUCUGUGUCGCCCCAGUGCUGGUGUGCACAGAGGUUUUUCAGACUGCAGGUGGAGGGGACAACAUCUCCGCUGCAGGUUUAGUGCUGCAGAUUUAAAGAAGGGCACUGAAUGAUCUGUCUGUUUGUAGUGCUGACCUGGCGUUAGCAUAAUAUGUGACUCUGGAAACUUGAUCUACCUAUCAUGCAAAGUUCCCUGUGUAUUGAGGGUGAUGCCAUCCCCCUCACAGCUCAGGCGGCCCAGGUGAACAGUGAUUAAAUCUGUUUUCACUCUCAGGAAUCAGGUGAUUGAUUACAGUGGCUUUAAAUCAGGUCAAACCUCCAUAUGUUAAAGAUAUGGGCUCAGUUCUACAGAAUACGAUAUAUCUACACUGUCUGUGCCUUUGUGCUUCAACCUUUUUAUAUUCAGUCUAACUUAUUUUGCCCUGCUGUGUCUUGCUUCAGUUGGGGCAAGACCCCAAACAUCUUUGCCCAGUCACUGUAGCCCAUCACCUGACUCUUGUUUUCCUCCUCUUUUUUCCUUAAAGGCCUUAUCCUUCAGCCAGAGAGAGAUAACGAGGGAUGACAUUUGCAUCAAGUCAUGUAAACAGAAGGUCGUUGUUUCACGUCGACAAAGGGAGGCUUGUAGCUCAGUCUUACAUGAAUUGUGUCUCGAGACUUUACAUACAUACAGCCUUGCUCUGGUGACAUAGCAAGUGUAAUAUUUUCAUGUUAGAAGCUAGCAAAGCUGCACAACUUCUGCUGUAUGAGAGACUGUCUUUAUUUUAUCCUGUGACUUCACUAUGCAGCAAAGCGAGGUUUAAUUACUGAAACUGCUGAGGCUUUGUUUAAAGACUGAAAUUAUCCUGCCUUUACCCUCUUUGAUCUCAUUGAAAAAGGUAAAAACAGUGAGCUGAUCACAUCCAUUUUUCCUAAUAUAUGUGAAAAAAAAAGGUUUGGUUGUGUUGGUUUGAGACGGUCAUUCCUCUGUGUGUCAACACAGAAUGCAACAACAAUGUUCAGAAAUUAUCGUUGGUAGCUGGAUAUGAUGUCAGAAAUCUCUUCUCUACCUCCAUCCUCCCUUUGUUCUUGUUACUGUUGUCCCCCACCCCAUGACUUGUUCAGACUUUCUGUCGAGAGCCAUAUUUUCUUGCCUCCUUCUCCUUUUGUUCAUUUAUUGCUCUGUAAGGACCAAACAUGCAGACUGCUGCUGGUAACGCUGAUGCAGAGGAGCUGUUCCUGGCGUUGGGACACAAUUGAAUCUCUGUUGAUUUUUUUGAAGAAAUAACUACAUGAAGCUGCAGAUUUGAUAUUUCAGAGUUACUCUCCAUGAAUCCCUCUUUACCUGUGGAGCAGUGGACCACACAAAGGUGUCCCCAAUCCCUUUCAGUUCCACACUUAUGUUUUCUUUCAACUACCACUCCGGCUUUCUUUCUUGUUGAAUAAUAUAACUGGGAUCAUCUGUCAUCCACUAUUUUCAGGGUUGAAAUCACUUUUUUUAAAUGUAAUUUUACAUUUUCUGGAUUUUAACAAACAUUCCAUCACAGACCUGUUUUUGGUGAUAUCUUUCUGUAAGAAUGAAGUCAGUUUGACCACUGCAUAUCAGGGGAAUUGUUGAUUUUGUGUUGUUUCCACCUUUUGUUAGUUAUGUGAAGCUGAAUGUUAAAGCCCAGUUCACUGAGGAACAUAUGUAUUUAUGUUACAAUGCAUUUGAUAUUGUGUUUAGAGACUGAAACACCUAAGGGUAAAGGAAUCCCUUGAUUUCUUUUCUCUCUGUAUUGAUUUUCUGUUGUUCAAUUAUGCUGAAGGUAAAUGGGCCUUACUCUGUUCUGACUCUAGGUUUUUAGCGGUAAGGGAAUGUUUAAUACAGACUUUUUCUAUAACUGUAAGCUUAUCUUGUAUUUUCUGAUGCCUUUGUCUUACGCAGUGAUUGGAACAGUUUUAUGGGUGAUUAUUUUACUGUGAAAUGAAAAACUCCAGCAUGCAUUCAUGUUCUGCUUGUGCUUGCUGUCAUAUCAUGUACAUACCUCUAGGUGAAUCAUGACGUUCAUGUCCCGAAGCUGUGUGUAACUGUUUCAUGCAUGUUGAUUGAUGCAAAACUUCAUAAGAUAAAACGCUAUGCUGAUCAGGCAAUCA